AGCUAGAUUUCGUUUUAUAAAAAAAUACCGGACCAGACGCACAUCACUGGUCUUCUCAYUACUUUGUCAUCACCAAGGGAAGUCUUAUUCACUCCGAAACCGUAAAAAUGUCAGAUACCGGAGCUUCUCUCACCCCAACUACGCUUGCACCUACCGUGGCAGCAGUUGUCGAUUCGUUUGACGUGUCUUCCACCGCUGCUUGGAUUGUGCUCAUUGGCGUUUGCAUCUUUUUCACACUCCUUGCCAUUGGCUCCAUGGACAAACUAGGCUUCCUCGGUGGCCUCAAGGGUAUGUGUCUUCUCAACAAGAAAGGGCAGGAUGCUCUCACCGUCGAUUACUUUUUGAGUGCACGUGACUCUGCAGGUUACUGGAGCAUCGCCUUGAGUUUCUUCGCCUCUGGAAUGGGCGCUUGGGUGGUCUAUGGUACCACUGAGAUGGGUGCGAACCCCGCUCUUUCGUGGCUGGGUGUCCUUGGAUACAGUGGCGCCUCAGCCUUCCCCGCUAUUGUCAUCUGUUUCUUGGGACCUUCUAUCAAGAAAMUUUCCGGCGAGAACGCCUUUUCGACAAGCGACUUCGGACGGAAGCGCUACGGCCGUCUCAUGCAACUCGCRAUUUCGGCGGUUUCCGUCUUCUACAUGUUCAUUUACAUGGUAGCGGAAUUGACUAGUAUUUCGAAUAUCUUUGCUUUGUUGACCGGCAACACCAACUCAGCCUUCUCUAUUGGUGUCACAUGCGUGAUUGGCAUUUUUACCCUAUUGUAUACGGGAAUUGCCGGAUUGCCCUCCUCAAUCGUCACCGAUCGAUUCCAGGGUCUCAUCAUGGCUAUGUUGGUCAUUAUCCUAACCGUUGCGGUCUGUAGCUUCGAUGAAAACAAAGUCACUCGAGAGGAAUUCAAGCUGGCAUCUUCUUGGACGGUUGAGGGCUUCAUGGCAAUGGUUACUCUGAUCAUCGCAAUUUUGUGUGCCGAACUUUUCAAUCAGGCAAGCUGGCAGCGAGUCUGGGCCGCCGAGAGUGUCCCAGCGAUGAGAAAGGUGAGUAUUUUUCUCUUAGUCUCGUCGUCGGUGUCAUUAUUAUACCAAUAUAAUCCAUCGUCGAAAAACGUUCUCAUUCAUCUCACAUCUCUUUCUCUAAUUCACACAUCGAACUCAUUUACGUCAAUCAUCUACACAGGGUUUCGCCCUUGGAAGCUUCUUUGUGUUUCUGUUGAUGAUGUUCUUUGGCAUUAUGGGAAUGAUUGCCUACGCCAACGAUCCCGCAUCGUACGACAGCUUUGAUAAAUUCGCCUUCCUCUCCUUUUUUGAUUUGCUGCUGCCCCUCGGAAACGGUUGGCAUAUUGUUGUUUUGAUUUUUGUCACCGCGCUGGCAGCUUCUUCGCUCGAUUCGCUCCAAAACGGACUCAACUCCAUCUUCUACCGAGAUGCAUUGCGUGCGGGGUGCAAUGCCCACGCCACCGCCUCUGUUCUGGUGUUGUUGAUGAACAUUCCAGCCAUCUGGUUGGCAUCGAAGGGAAUUUCGGUCAUUGCGUUGUUUUUGGUGGCUGAUUUGGUUUGUGCCACCGCCGUCUUCCCAACCUUCCUGGGAUUGCAGGAAACCGACAAGCUCGGCGGUUUGUUGCCAGCCCCUACCGAAUUAGGUGCCUUCCUUGGAUUCCUUUCCGGAAUCGCUACCGUAUUGGUUAAUGGUGCCAUUAAUGGGCAGAAUCCUUUCCAAUACUUCUGGCUCCGAAAUGGCGGCAUCUGUGCUCUGUGCGGUUCUGAGACAAUGAUUACUUUCAUUGUCACUCCGUUGGUGGCAGGAAUCAUGACAUAUGUCUUCACUCACUUGGAUCUUUGUGUUCGUGGCAAAGAAAAUGCCAGACGUUCGGUCAUCAAUUUUGCCUUUGACAAAGAUGAUUUGGACGACGAUGCUGCCGAAAGCGGCGAUGUCGAUAUCGAAAAGCCUGCCGAGGAGGAUGGCGAAAAGCCGCCAGAGGAGAAGGCGGUCCCCGAGAAGAAGGAAGCCGCGGUCGAGACCGUGGAGAUGGAGGCCUAGUCAGGAUGGCACGCUAGUCUCGCGACCUUGUGUCGAGUUGGCUMUUUCGUUUGUUUCACAACGAUCUUCAUUGUUUGUUUGCGGGAGCGCAGCUGAGAUCCAAUAAUAUGCAACUCUGUCU